AUGUAUAGCAUAUUGUUUGUUUCCUCAGCGACUCACCAAAGUGGACAUAACAGCGGAGUCAUACAUAGUGGAAUCUAUUACACACCAGGGUCCCUGAAAGCCAAACUGUGUGUCAGAGGGGCCUCUCUUCUCUACGACUACUGCGACAGCAAGGGAAUCCCCUACAAGAAGUGUGGGAAGCUGAUAGUGGCCGUACAACACCAGGAAAUCCCUAGACUACAAGCUUUGUAUGAAAGAGGCCUGCAGAACAAUGUGCCAGGUCUACAAAUCAUCAACGCAAAGCAGAUCAGGGAGAAAGAGCCCUAUUGCCGGGGGGUGAUGGCACUGGACUCUCCACGUACCGGUAUUGUGGAUUAUAAACAGGUAUGCCAGGCAUACACAGACGAUUUCCAUGACGCUGGAGGGAGUGUGCUGACAAGUUUUGAAGUGUCUGAUAUAAAAAUGGUCCCUGAAAGCCCAGCAGGAUCCGAGCAAGGCAUGGAGUACCCGGUCAUGCUUAGAAACACAAAGGGGGAAGAAGUUUAUUGUAAAUACGUGUUGACGUGUGGUGGCCUGUUUUCAGACCGCCUGUCCCAGAUUAGCGGGUGCAGCCCAGAACCACGCAUUGUUCCCUUCCGUGGGGAUUACUUGGUUCUGAAGCCAGAGAAAUGCUAUCUCGUGAAAGGGAACAUUUACCCAGUUCCUGACCCUCGGUUUCCCUUCCUCGGCGUCCAUUUCACACCACGGAUGGAUGGAAAUGUUUGGCUCGGCCCAAAUGCUGUAUUAGCAUUUAAAAGAGAAGGCUACAAGCUGUGUGACUUCAAUGCCAGAGAUUUCACUGAAGCUGUUACAUACAGUGGGCUUCUUAAGUUGGUGCUGAAGAAUCUGGCAUACGGAAUGGGAGAGAUGUACCGGGCUUUAUUUUUAAGCGCACAGCUUAAGGAACUUCAGAAAUUCAUCCCAGAGCUCUCUCUUAGUGAUAUUGUCAGAGGCCCCUCAGGAGUCCGAGCACAGGCCUUGGACAGAGACGGGAACCUAGUGGACGAUUUUGUGUUUGACGGCGGGUCUGGUGAUAUUGCAAGCCGAAUUCUCCAUGUGAGGAACGCCCCAUCUCCAGCGGCCACCUCUUCUCUGGCUAUAGCAGAAAUGAUCACUUCUGAAGCAGAAGAACGGUUUGGACUGUGA